CCAAGUGCCGGCACUACCGCGCUAGGCACGUGACAAGCACGCACACUACCUCCGUUCACUUUCCCCACCUGUUCGCCGGAGCGCCGCCGAUGGCGAGCGGGGCGGACCGCAUCAGCGACCUCCCGGAGGGCGUCCUCCACCACAUCCUCUCCCUCCUGCCGGCGCAGGACGCGGUGCGCACGUGCGUGCUCGCCCAGAGCUGGCGCCACCACUGGCGGUCGGCGCCCGCCGUGCGCUUCGCCGGCUGCACCGGCUGGGCCGGCGGCGUCUACACGUUCGGCCCCUUCGUCGACGGCCUGCUGCGCGCCCGCCGCGGGGGCGCGCCCCUGGACUCCUGCGACUUCGACCUCGACGUCGAUCUGGAUCUGGGCCGCUACGACGUCCCCAAGAUGGAGCGCCACGUCAACGGCUGGAUCCGCCGCGCGCUGCGGCGCCAGGUCCGGGACCUCCGCUUCCGGGUCUCCGUCACGCCCCGGCUCCCCUGCGCUCUGGAGGAUCGGCCCCUCGCCUCCGAGCACCUCACGAGGCUGGAGCUCGUAGGCGUCAAGGGCAACGCCGGCGUUCUUGAUUUCUCGUGCUGCCCCGCGCUGGAGGAUCUCAGGAUGGAGGAUUGCGAUGUUGGCUCGACAGAAAUGCACUCCCCAUCCUUGAAACGUCUGAAGAUCAGAUACUGCCUCUUCUAUUGCAACUUCCGCACUGGGAUGUCGUUCCCGAGCCUCGUCUCGUUCGAGUUCAUUACCAAUGCUGGAAGGGUUCCAAUGCUUGAAAGCAUGCCGUCCUUGGAAACUGCAACGGUUCGAUUCGAUCACUUCUAUGAUGAUCGAUGCAGCAAUGGUCGCUUGGAUGAUUGUGGAGAUGCUUCCUGUUAUGGUUGUUUAUACUAUUAUGCUCCUGAUGAUUACGACUGCGUGUUUCUUGAAGGCUUGGCAGAAGUUACAGACUUGACAUUGUCAGCUUAUCCUGAUCUGUAUGUCUUCAUCAGGGAUUUAGAGUGGUGCCCUGCAUUUAGCAAGUUAAAGACUUUGGUUCUUAGCAAAUGGUUUGUAUCUGAUGAGCUCAGUGCACUAAGUUGGUUCCUCCACAAUGCACCUCUUCUGGAGAAACUUACUCUAAAACCUUCAAAGGUACGCAGCAAUUUGAUGAAAACAGUGGAAAGUUACAAGCCAUUGGAACAAUCCAUUGCAGCUAGCCAUCUUCAGAUUGUUGAAAUCAUAUGUAAAGAUGCUGAUGAGAUAUUACUCAAAAUUUUGAAGGUCUUGAAAGCCAAUGGCAUACCACAAGAGAAAAUCAGAAUCCAAUGUUCAGCCCGUUUUAAAAAUUUUGUGAGUACUGAAGUCCAAACAGAGUGAGAAGUACUGGGCUGCUGAUGGCCCUAGUAGAUUAUCUUAAGUACCACUGAAUGAAACCGAUGCUACUGUUAAGUCUGGCACCUCCCUUAUUUACUCCCUUCGGCAUUGACAUUGGUCUGCAGCAGCCAGAUAGACUGGCAACAGGAUGUACAAUGGUGGGAUCAUGCCAACUCCCCACAGUUGUCAUAAUGCCUCCACCGCCACUGAUCAGAUAGACUUCUUUGCUGCUCUGCUUCAACUGGUCACAACUGCACCACCAUCUUCACUGGUGGCACAGUUAUUAGGAGGAAAAGGAGAGGUAAUGGCUGAAGAGUUGGGAAGUUGGUUCUGUGUCCUGAUGAUGGUAUUUACCAUGAAUCUCUACUAAGGUAGAGACAAUAGUAAUUUCCUUUUGUUUCUACUAGGAUGAGUACACAGGAGUGCCCAGUUAGUAGAAAUCUCCUACCUACUUGUUGUUCAUGCACUCAUUAGUCAGCAAGUUGGGCCAGGUAGACCUAUAUCUAAGCUGAUUUCGAUAAGAUCUUGUUUGAUGAGAUUUUUAAUAUGAAUCAAUGUCAGUUAGCACAAGAUUCGUACUGGCAUUCGAGCAACUAUGCAUGACUAUCAUGCCUACAACCCAUGACUGAACUCUUUUAAGAGGUUAAUUUUGAGGUUAUGAUCUAUAUGAACGUUCAUGUGUUCCGUAUUUAGGUUCCAUUAUUGCCUAGCCACAGAGAUCAAUACUAAGAGAGAUUGAUAUAGGAUAUGUGAUCCGGAGAGUAAAUCCAUAUCACAUUAUGUACCUACUGAAAAAUUCACCAUUGCAAGACACAACCUCUAUAUAAUGCUUCCUUUUCACUAAGGCGCGCCCAACAGUAGCAAACUAGCAAAGCAACUUUGGCUUAGAUGGAAAACGUGAGGAAAAUGGCUAGAGUAGGAAGUUGUCUCAUGGGAAUAGGAGGCAAGAGGGAAGCAGCUAACCUGCUUGUACGCAUGCAAAGUGGAUUUUCCCUGUUACCCUAACGCCUUGGACUGCUUGGCGGCGCAGGGCAACAACGGUGAAGCUCAGCAGGAGAGAAAGAAUGUGGAGUGACAGGUAAUAGGGGGCUUGGGAGGUGAAUUUCAAAUACUGGAGGCUGUUGGGGAAGCAAGGGAUGUGGAUUUGGAUCUUGAUGACAGUAGCUGCCAUUCAUCAAGGAUGGGCUUAGGGUCAUCUCGACACCUUCGAUCUGCUGUCUUCACGGUGAGGAGCUGCGCUACUACAGGCCAUUUCCAGGUAUAGGAGAUGAUGCGGGUGAGCAAGUAAAUGGAGUGGUCGACUUUGUCAAGGCUGACGAAUGUGUAGAUGGCGGAGCCAUAGUCGUGCUGCUCCAUGGCGCUUGGUGUAAAGAUAACAGUAGUUUCAUCUUGUUUCUAGGAUUAGGACACAUGAUUGUAUCUACUGCGCAGAGAGCUGCUAACAGCUUGCUGCUUAUGCACUCAUUAGUCCUAUCUAAGGUUAUGCCUAUAAGAUCUUGUUUGAUGAGCA